AUGACGUUGGUGGAGGACGUAUUUCUUCCGUGCAUCAUAGUUUGCCGCUCAGAGCCGCCUCCAUGCUACUAUAAGGCGGUGAACCGUUGUGGAGGUAUAGAUUCCACCAUGGCUAUGAAUUUAUGUUCAGUGAAUUCACUUAAUACUUCGAAAGUCUAUAAGCUGGUUUUGACCGGUGGUCCAUGUGGAGGGAAGACUACUGGGCAGUUUGAAAAAUAUUCACAAUACGCUCCACAAAAGUGCAGAUAA